AUGUUCAAGGACGAACUGAAGAAUUGCGAAGACGUCGUUACUAUUCCGAGUCAAGGAGCUGCGAUUCUGAGCUGCGAUCCGGGACGAGACAUGUGGAACACCGUCAUGGGCACAUUCACCAACAACAUCUCCGUCGUGCCGGCCGGACAGCUUUACUUGUACCGAUACAAUGACGAAACACUCCCGGCUCUCGUCCAGAUACGGCUGUCUGAUUACGCCGACGCCGCACGGUUCCACCCCCUGGGAAUAGAGUACCACGAGGCCAGCUCCACGUUGCUCGUCUCCAACCAUCACUUUGACGGGCCACGAAUCGAAAUAUUCAAGUUGGACAUUUCAUCACAUCCUCCAAUCGCGCACCAUAGCCGGACAAUGGAGAGCCCGCUCAUCAGGACACCCAACGCAAUAGUUGCGCUGAACGAGCACGAGUUUUAUUUCACGAAUGACCAUCGUUUUCAGAUACAGACGAGGCGGUAUUUCGCGAUGCUGGAAACAUACGCAGCUCUGCCGCUCGGCGAGAUUAUGCAUGUCAAGAUGCACCACAACUCGUCUGCGACCAUUCGCGCCGUUACUCACCUUGCGUACCCCAACGGGCUCGCCUUGCUAAACUCUUCAACGCUGGCCGUCGCAUUGACAGGCUCAUGUAAAGUGCAGCUGUUUAGCAUCAGGCCCGACCGGUCUCUUGUAUUCGCGGCCGAGGUUAAAACGCCGUUUAUGCCAGACAACCUGUCCUGUGACCAGAACGGGGUGCUGCUUAUCAGCGGGCACCCUCACCCGCCAACGUUGGAGCGCUUGGUGAAGCAUCGUCGGCGGUGCUUGGAAGCUGGUUUGCUCACGCCACAGCCUUGUGACGGAUCAAGGGCUCCGAGCGCUGUUAUUGAGUGGACUUGGGAGCGCGGAUUGGAGAAUUUGUAUCUAAGCGCUGCUGAAUAUGGUUCAAGCUCGGCUGCGGUGAGAGAUUCUGAGCUACAGGUAGGAAUCGUGACUGGGCUGUACGAGGAAGGAAUUCUCGUUUGGAAGAGCUCAAAAUAA